AAAUAAAAUACGGAGCAUGAUCGUUUUCUCUAUAUUUUACAAAAAACAAUAACCACAUUGAAUGCCACGCCCAGCUGCUCACCAACCCAAAACCUCCAGCAGACUAACUUCUUUCUUUGUGUGUCGCCGAUGGAGCAGUCACUUCAUUCUUAUUUAAUAGUAGUAACAUGGCAGAGUGUGCACUGAGCCUAGCCUCCUCUUCUCCCGUUCUCUCGCGCAUCUCACCUACCCGAUUCUCUCCUAUCCGCCGACCUAUUCUGUUGACCUCAUCGUUUGUUGCUGGAAAGCCACUUUUUUGCUCUCACCCGCAUCGGAGAAACUCAGUGUUGAGUACAAAUUCCUGGAGAUCUCAGUGCCGUACAAAAGCAUCAAUGGCUGAGAGAGUGAGCGCGAAAGUGGAAGUGUACGAUUCCGAGGAGGAACUUGCUGUGGCUCUAGCGAAGUACACUGCCGAUUUAUCGGAGAAAUUUUGCAAAGAGAGAGAUGCUUUUACUGUGGUUGUUUCCGGUGGUUCACUUAUCAAGUCUCUCAGGAAAUUGGUGGAGCCACCAUAUAUUGAUUCAAUAGACUGGUCCAAAUGGCACGUUUUCUGGGUCGAUGAGAGAGUGGUUCCAAAGGAUCAUCCUGACAGCAAUUAUUUGCUUGCUUAUGAUGGUUUUCUAUCCAAGAUACCUAUUCCUGCUGGUCAUGUGUAUGCCAUAAAUGAUGCAUUAUCAGCAGAGGCUGCGGCAGAUGAUUACGAGACUUGUCUAAGGCACUUAGUUAAGAGCAAGAUUCUAGACAUCUCUAAAGAGAGUGGAUUUCCAAAAUUUGAUGUAAUGCUUUUGGGUAUGGGUCCAGACGGACAUAUAGCUUCCUUAUUUCCCGGGCAUCCUCUUGUCCAUGAGAAAGAAAAGUGGGUCACCUUCAUCAAGGACUCUCCAAAACCUCCGCCGAACAGGAUUACAUUUACAUUCCCUGUAAUAAACUCUUCUGCAAAUAUUGCGCUUGCUAUAGUAGGUGCUGGGAAGGCAGAUGUAGUGCAUAAAUCGCUAGGUGAUGAUAAAAGUUCUGAUUUGCUGCCUGUGCAGAUGGUUUCACCCGAGGGAGAAUUAGUUUGGUUUUUAGAUAAGGAUGCAGCUUCGAAGCUGUAAGGAUGAAGACGUGUGAGUUGCGUAUUAGUGCUUCACACCUGUGUGUAUUUUAUUAAUCUAAUACAUUCUGAAGAAGGGUUUGUUUUUCCCAGUAUUGUCUGUAAAAUGUUGAGGAUUCAUAUGCCAUGAUCCAUUUUUUGGCAGUUUUUUCCUCACUUGUUUCUGUAAGGGUCCUUGACUAUCAGGAACUCGGUAAUAAAACUGCAGUUCAUUCUCCUAU